CUACCAUCCUCCUCCUCUCCACCAACACUCACGCAAAUGGGUCGCAGGACGUAUCGUCCUUCGUCGGCCGCGGCUACGACAUUCCACUGCCAUCUCUACACACCUCUAGGCAAACCCACCUGCUCGGCACUCGGUGACGAAGGCAUCCGCCACGACUGGACCGCUUUCAGGCGUACCCCGCUUCCUGGUGCAAAAAGGAGUCGGACAUGCUGGCAAGACGAUAGUGAUCUGCCCCAACCGUCAGAAGACGAGAAACCAAUUGGAGAGGAGGUAUUCGAAAUUGGAUCUGUAGUGCUGGUCAAGCACACUACAGCGCUGCCACUCCUCGCUGUCAUUACACAGCUGUGGUCGGACGAGGACGAGGAGGUCGAUGACAAUGACGAAGGAAGUGAUGCCGAAGACGAAGAAGACUAUGUACCCCUAUCCAUGGGUCUACGCUUCUUCACCUGGUCGGAAGAUCUGACUGCCGGAAGUCGAGAACGCCUGAAGGCUAUCCUGGGCAAGAAUGAAGUCUUCUACCAAGACCAGUCCGUCUCCCUUCCCUCUUCGCGCACAUCAAAGCGAUCUCAAGCUGCCGUCCAACUGGCCAUCAAGGACGACUUUGCUGCCGGUCCAUCGCUCACAAAGCACUCUGGCUGGUCCGUAGCCCGUAUCCUCGGAUCUGCUUCCGUCUACCCCACUCUGGAAGAAGCCGAAGAGGCAGCAAAGGCGGAUAAGCGCCCUUCCCAGCUAUAUCACAAAGGAAGAGCCAUUCCUCGCCAUCUCUUCUGUCGAAAGGCGGCUCACCCGCGCAAAGAGCUCUUCUGGCAUAUUCACUAUCCGGAUCUUGUGGCGCAGGGAAGGAGCGGUGGUGGAUGGGAUAUCAAGGUGCAGGAAGGGGAUGCGAGAGGGAGAGGGCCAGUGGAAUGGGCCGAGGAGGAGAAGAAGAAGGCAAAGGUCAGCGGCAAGCCAUUGCCUUCGGAGACAGGAGACGAGGGGAGAAGCAAGCAGAAGGCGCAGAAAGCAGUCCGGUCUGCAAAGGCAUCGCCUACAAAGAGGAUGAAGCUGGAGAAGUCGACACCCUCUCGCCGUCCUCAGCAUCACAGCGAAAGCGAAUCUGACGACGAGGAUAGUGAUACCUCUGACGAAGACGAGGAGAGCGAUGCAGGCAGCGAAUAUAGUCUGACAAAGGAGCGGCAGAGGUGGAAGUCCGGCAAGAAAGCCAGCAAGGCUGAUGAAAGCGACGAGGAGUCUACCGAAGCCACUUCAGACGAGGAAGAAGACGAAGAGGAGGAGACUUUCGACGAUGACGAGUGGGACGAUGAUGAAGAGGUGGGAGGCAAGCGCAAGAGGAGGCAAGCUGGCCCUUCUACCCCUCGCAAGCCUCGAGCUACAGCCAUUGGCAAGCCCACCCCUCGUUCAAAGAGGAUUAUCGACCUUCAACGCGAUACUCGUCAACGCCUCUUCGAUCGCAGUCAGGGCGCCUCGUCGGGCGCUUUCCUGCCAGACCCAAGCUCAUCACUCCCAUCUCAAUUCGAGUCACAGAGCGACCUAGAUGCAAUGACCGCACACGAACGAGCAAAGCGCCUUUUGCACGUCUCAACCACGCCUUCCAGACUGCCGUGCAGGACAACGCAGGCGGAAAAUCUUCUGUGUCUGCUAGAAGACUCGCUCGACACGGGCAUUGGCUCCUGCAUCUACAUCUCUGGCGUUCCUGGUACUGGUAAGACAGCCACUGUGCGAGGAGUCAUCUCUCUGCUGCAGCAACGUUCCGAGAGGGGCCAAGUGAAUCCCUUUGACUUUUUGGAGAUCAAUGGUAUGAAAGUCGCUGAUGCAGGAGAGGCCUACUCGAUGCUCUGGAGUGUAGUCGGUGAUCGAGGAAUCAGCGCAGGCUCGGGACGAGCGCGUAGAUCGCCCAAGGCUGCUCUGAACCUCCUCUCUAAGCACUAUGCCGACAAUGGUCGAGGUCCAGCGGACGAUAUGGGUCAAGGCUCCGGUCGAGCAACUACGAUCGUGUUGAUGGAUGAGCUGGACCAACUUCUCACUUCAAGGCAGGACGUGAUGUACAAUCUCUUCAAUUGGCCCAGCGCCAGGAACAGUAGACUCAUCGUGGUAGCUGUAGCCAACACGAUGGAUUUGCCCGAGAGGACGAUGAGUGCAAAAGUCGCAAGUCGAUUGGGAAUGACGAGGAUCACCUUCAUGCCCUACGCGGACAAGGAGCUAGGCGAAAUUGUCCGCUCGCGCCUGGGCAUCGAUGCGAGUGGGAAGUCUACUGCGGGCAGUGCCUCCCUCACACCAAUCGACGAGGCUGGCGAGUUGGCCGAAGAGGACAUGGACGAGUCCCUCCUCUUCGACGACGAUGCUCAGCGACUCCUCUCUAAAGAGGAACGUCAACGCAAGGAAGCCCUCUACAGCUCUGCGGUCCGUGGCUGUGACGCCAUCUUCGUCAAUGACGCCAUCACCUACGCCGCCAAGCGCAUCUCGAACGUCUCUGGUGACGCACGAAGGAUGCUAGACGUUUGUCGUAGAGCAGUGGAGCUCGUCGAGGCCAAGCACCAGACGAAAAGUCUACCCACUUCGGGCAGUGAGAGCGCCGACGCUGUGAACAUCGAUGUCCCGCGCAUCACAAUCGGCGACAUCAAGUCUGUCCUCGACGGCAUGGUCAAAUCCUCCAAACCAUCGCACAUUGCUCGCUCCCUUUCCCUCCACUCCAAGGUCCUCCUCAUCGGCCUCGUCAAUCUCACCCGCAAGACGGGUCUGGCCGAAGUGACACUGGCGGAUCUUGCAGCGCACUACAGGGCGCUUUGUCGACUGCACUCCAUCAAUAACCAGAAGAGCACGACCGCGACCACAAGUGCAGGAGUCGAGCAGCAGGAACAUGCACUCGCUCAUCUUCUCGCACCGCUCAAUACUCUCGUCGGGCUCGGCUUUGCGAUUGCUGUUGGCGCUGGGCAUGGCCCUGGAAAGGCGGCAGGGUUUGCAAGGGUGAUGUUGGUGCUGAGGGAGGAUGAGGUGAGGUUGGCUUUGGAGGCUGAUGGGGAUGAGAGGGUGAGGGGGAUGCUUUGAGGCUCGGGAGACGGAGAGGCGGAGAGGUAGGAGAAGACUUGUUGAUAUUGUAACUACAUACCCCACUUCUCACACAUGUUCAUCUAUGCAUCUAUACAUCCACUCCUACCUCGGCUGCGUCCUUCAUCAACCUUUUAUUCGCUAGCAGACAGUAGUCUCUGUACUUCAGCCCGCUUCUCCAACUCUUCGGCGUCCAAAGCAGCCU